CAGACAUGGAGAACAUAAAAAUGCUACCAGAGAGUGCUUAUUACAGUACCAAUGCUGCUGGUUCAGGUUACAUCUUUUCCAGCCAGAUGGAGCUCAAUGCAUCCAGAGACACUGGACAUUUAUCCACAAGAAGGCAUCCAUCUCCCGCAUCCAGUUCUUGUGGUCACCAUGACUGCGGCCAUCAAGCAAAGCGAGCGAGAGUAGAAAAUAUCAUUAAAGGCAUGACCGGCUCUCCUGGUAUGCACGGCUCAGAUGUGACGAUAACUCAGCGUGAGGAGUCAGACGGCAUGCAGGGAAACGAGAGGAUUCAAGAACUUCCCUUAAAUCAGGAAAGAAGCGGCUCUGGCAACGCGAGCCACGGCCAGACGACAAGAAGGCUGCUUCAGAGUCAGCAUCAGCACCUCAGACAGCUCAGGACAAGAUUCAACCAUGUGGAUGGAGCAACCGACACUACGGACAGCAGCAACGAAGAGAAAUAUCCCACCUGGAACAGUUCUCCGGAAAUAUCUCCAAGGGACGCACGCACAGAUUCACACAGAGAGUUUGAGAGCCGCUCAAGUAGAAAAUAUCAAGGAUGGAAUAAGAUGAAGCUGAUGAACUACUUCCAAUCCAAACCUGAGAGAAUAAAGCUGAUGGCAGAUGUUUUAAAGUACGAAUUGUCCCGAGCUGUAAGUCUGAGUGUCGACUCUAUUUUCAAAAGCAUGCCGCUUCUCCAGACCUCGGCGAACGAUGAGGGGAAAUUGAGGACUGAUGUGCCUCUUCAGUCAUCAGUUUGCAAAGAUACAAAAGUAACACAUUCAUGCUGUGACGAUGCAGAGGUGCAACUUCCAGAUGUUCAAACCGAAGCCCUGUCCCUGGUCGUGCAAAAGCCCCAACUGAAGAAGGCGGAUAAAUUCAUCCUCAAAUCCAGAUUAAAAGCUCACCAGUGUCCCAAACCUCCAAUCGCCCUCAGUUAUGAUUCUGCUCUGCAUGAAGAAGAGCCGCCAGAGAACAAUCAAGACACCGCCUGCCAACAUGCCCUCAGAUGCUUGCAGGAUGGAUGCUCUGAAGUCAGUCAAGCGAAGUUUGAGGCGUUCGACGCACAUUGGAAUUCGGUCAAAGUGCGAUCCAAGGUCAACUCUCAAUCUGUGAGAAGCCCACAGACUCGUGCUGUGUCGAUGGAUCCCGUGCUGCUGCAAGGCAUGUGUCUGCCUCAUGUCAAGAUCGAGUCCGACAGCCUGGUGAAGAACAACCUGUACAUUCUGAAUGAGGGUCUGACCACAAAUCAUCUGAAGAAAGCAAAGCUCAUGUUCUUCUACACCCGCUACCCGAGCUCUCUGGUACUGAAGAUGUGUUUCCACGAUGUGCAGUUCACGCGGUGCAUCACCUCUCAGCUCAUCAAGUGGUUCAGCAACUUCAGGGAGUUUUACUACAUCCAGAUGGAGAAGUUCGCCCGGCAUGCUCUGAUUGACGGAGUGGCCGACGUGAGGGGUCUGACUGUGGGGAGAGAAUCAGAACUCUUCAGAGCUCUCAACAUGCACUACAACAAAGCCAAUGACUUCCAGGUACCUGACAGAUUCCUGGAAGUCGCUGAGAUUACACUGAGAGAAUUUUACGUUGCCAUUUCAGUGGGCAAGGAUCGUGAUCCAUCAUGGAAGAAAGCGAUCUACAAGGUGAUCUGUAAACUGGACAGUGACGUGCCUGCUGAAUUCAAAAAUCAUCAUUCUGGAUGAUCAUCCAAUCAGAAGACCACGUGUGCCACAGUGGUUAAUGUCACAAUGUGGACUUACUCGCGCCUCGAAUAGAAAACUGUUUUGUUUAAUGAAGAACAUGCUAUAUUGUAUAAAAGGUAAGACCAGCUGGGUAUAUCAAAGGCAUCCCGUGGUAGUUUUAGAUAUGUAUUUUGCUACAUCAGUAAUGUGAUGCAGCAAUGAUACAUAUUUUGUAUGACUGUGAAACAGACGUGUUCCAAGUCACCAAGUACAACACAACACAUUCUCCGUGUUAGACCGGCAUUUCUUAAAUAAGCACAAAACAAGGUCCACACCAGUUAAUAAAAAAGUUUAAUUUUCAGCAGUACAGGAUAUGUAAUAUGGAAAGUACAUACAUUCUUUAAUUAGUGAAUGAGUAAUUAACUAUGUUUUAUCUUUAAUUUUGCUUGAAGUAAAACAGUGUUUGUGUCUCUCUUCCAUACUUACCAUGAACAUCCAUCCAUCCAUCCAUCUAAAUGACAUACUGUGGCCAGCAGUCCAAAUCAAACAUGCUCUUCAUCAGUGGUUCUGUCUUCGAUCAUAACCGAUGAUCUUUGCUUCGUCUGCAGUUGUUGAUAGUCCAGAUUAAAAUCUCCAUGUGUCAAAAUUCGGAACCCACAAGUGCAAAGUUGGAACAUAAAAUAUGUAUUUCUGAAAGUAAAUAUACAUCUGCUCACAUUGCCAUAUAUUAACCAUGAUAAUCGUACUCAGUGUGACCGAAUUUGGUUCUUUGGUAUAAAUGUGCACCUGAACCGUUUGUAAUGCAAUUUCUUAGAAAACUGCAGCAAUGGAUAAUAACUCCUUUAGUGUGUUUCGUUUAACUGAUGAGUCAGAACAAGGGUCAAAUUCUAGUGCAUAUGUGUGCCACUGUAUAUUUAAAAAUAUAUUGCUCUCAGCAGGAGCAUAUAUUUUUUAUAAAACAUCUUUUUGACUUGAAGAUUUUCCACAAAUAUGCUUGCAGCCAAUUCUCAGCUUGUAUUAAAGUUUGACAGACUUGUCAAACCUUUAAUUCUAACUAUUGAACCCCAAAGGUCCCUCCCGACUUUACUUUCCCACCUUUAAAUGUAACAAAUUUGGUAUUGUUGGAAACUGAGAGUUCUUCAAAAUUUCUUGCACAAUAGGACAGUCUCGCUGUUAUACCCCCUGGUUAUGAACAGAGUGACGUCCGUCCUGCAAACAUGCACUUCAAUAAAGACCAUCUUCUGACAAGCGCACUCAUUUAAGCCACAAGUUGAACCAAAGAAAAUUCUGCAACAUGCACAUCCUUAUUUCACUUAGGACUUAAAAUUGGCACCUUCUUAUAAAGUGCAAUUACUUGGUAUUAUAAUUUAGUUUAAA